UUGGAAUAGGGAUGAAAUGGAACGUGGGAUAGUUCGUGGAAGAAGGGGUGCAGGGAGAAAAGAGAAAGCGGUUUCCCGUCUCAACGGAUGUGCCAGAAUGUAUAGGGAUGGAGGGUGGCUAGAAGAUCAUGUGUGUGAAAUACACACGAUUGUCACGAUCAUUGAUUUUUUACGUAUUACGUAUACGUAAAAAAUCAAUGGUCACGAUUAACGCUUGGUUUGCUCGCACACUCGCACAGCAUCAUUCUUAAAAAAUGUGGUAAGCGCGUCAAAUGUGAAGAGUCGUCCUUUACAUGCCACUACUGACUACUGUGAUAAACUUUAUUUCGAGAAGAAGGAGCUUCGCAGUCAUAUGAAACAUCAUGGAAAAUGAAAAUAAAGUCAAGUGCCCGAUUUGCGAUAUCGGCCUCUCCAGCAAAAGUUAUCUACCGGAACACCUUGACAUCCACAAUGGACGGCGGCCGCAUUCGUGCUACUACUGUGGUAAAUCGUUUACUUUAUUGUGUAACCUAACUAAACAUAACAAGAUUCACACCGGCGAGAAACCUUUCGCAUGCGACCAAUGCGACAAAAGGUUCAUCUUGAAGAAGAAUCUUAUCGAUCAUCUUACAACGCACACCGGAGAAAAAGCAUUCAAGUGUAAAUUCUGCGAUAAAUUGUUCAGCCGACAAAGUAACCUUAUGAGACAUUUACCUCUUCACACCGGAGAGAAAAGGGCCGUUUGCGACAUCUGUGAUAAAACUUUUGCUUGGAAAAGUCACCUCACACUACACAUGCCCAUUCACACCGGCGAGAAACCUUUCGCAUGCGACCAAUGUGACAAAAGGUUCGCCAGGAAGCCGAGUCUUAUGCUGCAUCGUAAAACACAUACCGGAGAAAAAACAUUUGCAUGCGACCAAUGCGACAAAAUGUUCCCCAGGAAGCGGUAUCUUAUGCAGCAUCGUAUACAACACACGCCGGAGAAAAAGCAACAAAACUUUCGCUUGGAAAAAUAAACUCAGACAACACAUGCCAAUUCACUUCAAUGGCAAGCCCAAAAAUGUGAAGCAGCCGAACCAAAGGUUGUCAAUGUAUUCUUCUAAUCGUUAACCUUAUCAUUUUUUUUUCGUAUAUUUGUCAUGUUUUUUGUGUUAUCAACUAUAAUAAAUGUGAGUUCUCGAUGAUGUUUUCGUAAUAUUUGUAUUAAAAUAUAACCUCAAUUGGGCGUUGAGUAUCACUGGAAAUUUAUAAAUGAUCAGCUUUUGAGUCAACUCGUUUGUUAACGAACUCGUCGUUCCAUCUGAUUACUUGCUUCGAACCUAUAAAGUAGACGUUGGAGUGGAGAACGGGCUACAAUAGUCAAUAUUCAGAUGAAUGCAUAAAAAAAAUUAUAGUUCAAGAAACGGCAAAAAAAUUGUAAUUGAUAACACAAUUUGAAAUUUGCUGACCAGUCGGAAGUGAAAAUAAUUGUACUCUAUUUACAUAAAGCAGUAUUUAGGUACUCUAAAUCAAAUAUUUUUCAGGUUCUUGGGGGGUUAGUACGUGGGAAGGGAGCCAGGGACGUAGCGAAGUGGUUUUGCUGGGGGGGGCAAAGAUCCUAAGAUUCCCAA